AUGACGUCUACACGCAAGUUUUGCUGUGACGACCUGUUUCGCUUCAACAAUGUCAAUUUAGAUGUGCUUACGGAAACUUACAAUAUGUCGUUUUACCUUCAGUAUUUGUCCAAGUGGCCGGACUAUUUCCUCGUGCAGAAGGACCCUAACGAUACUAUCAUGGGUUACAUCAUGGGCAAAGCUGAGGGACAAGGAUGUAAUUGGCAUGGACAUGUAACGGCAGUGACGGUCGCUCCAGAGUUUCGACGACUUGGUCUAGCCAAAAAACUUAUGGAUUACUUGGAGAACGUAUCGAUAGAACUCUACAAUGGCUAUUUUGUGGACUUAUUUGUUCGAGUUUCCAACUCGCUGGCCAUUGCGAUGUAUGAGAAAUUUGGCUACUCGGUCUAUAGACGGGUGCUAGGAUAUUAUUCAAGUGCAGAGGAUGGGGAGGACGCAUUUGAUAUGAGAAAGUCUCUUCCCCGAGAUGUUCAAAAAAAGUCGAUCAUACCUUUGCCGCAUCCGAUCACGCCGGACCAGUUGUAG